GCUGUAGUCAAAUAAGGAAAUGACGUGAGGUGUGCAGUGUUUCUAGUUUGGGAAGCCAGGGAGCUGGAAAAGCUUUCAUGGGGCAGUUCUGCUACAGUUGUUCAGUUGUGACAUGACCGAUAGUAAGAAACGACAGUCAGCGAGGGCACGAAAGCAAAGGAGUUGCACAAAGAUGGAAGACUGUUUGAUAGAAGACCAGACAACCUUUUACUCAAAGGCAGAACACUAUUGGAAGGAAGUCCCGCCCACUGUGGAUGGAAUGCUGGGGGGUUAUGGCAGCAUUUCUAACAUCGACAUUAAUGGCUCCAAAAAGUUUCUUCAAAAAUUCCUUGGGGAAGGCCAGGGUAAGACUGGGACAGGCUGUGCUCUGGACUGUGGCGCAGGAAUCGGCCGUAUCACCAAGCGCCUGCUGCUGCCCCUCUUCCGUACAGUGGACCUAGUGGACGUGACACAGGAGUUUCUGGAUAAAGCUCGUUCCUACCUGGGUGAGGAGGCCAAGCGAGUGAAGAACUACUUCUGCUGUGGCCUACAAGACUUUCAGCCCCAGCCAGAACGCUACGAUGUCAUAUGGAUCCAGUGGGUGAUUGGUCACUUGACCGAUGACCACCUGGUGGAAUUCCUGAGGCGUUGCCAGAGCGGUCUGCGUCCAGAUGGCCUGAUUGUGGUGAAGGAUAAUGUUGCGUUUGAAGGUAUAAUACCUGAUGAUGUAGACAGCAGUGUGUGUCGGGACCUGAAUGUACUACAUCGCCUAGUAUCCCGGGCCGGACUCAACAUCAUCUGUGAGGAGCAGCAGCAGAACUUCCCUGAGGAAAUCUAUCAGGUCCACACUCUAGCACUCAGAUAGCUGUGAGCACUGAACGAGGAGGUUUUAUGUGUUUGUUCAGAAGCCAAUCACGUGAGAACAAGUUCAGAUCAAUUUUAGCUACACAAGAAGCUACGUGUUACUGCCAAUGUGAUCACUGUUUUAAACAAAAAAGGCACAAGACUUAAAGGUGACAUUGGGAUUUUAAGCAGGGGAGUUUUACUUGACCUCUAGAGUUUGUAAUACAAACAGCUAGGGCUCAUCGGUAUUAUGAAUCUGAAUGCAAAAGUGGCAAAUGGUAGCUUUCCAGAUAUCCAAACAGUUUCACACUCCAGUUGAUCCUCAGUCAGUUUGAAGUGUACAAGGUAGAAACAAUCAAGAAAAAAUGUUAACCAUGCUGCACUGCUUUGUUUUUAUGAAUGGGUGUGCUGAAGACUUGAAAGGACAGUUGAUCCAAAAAUGAAGACGGUCAUUUACCCUCAUGUUGUUCCAAACCUGUAUUACUUAUUUUCCUCUAGUGGACAUAAAAGAUGAUAUUUUUAGAAAUGUCUGGGUUUUUUUUUUUUUGGUCAGUGGUCACCAAAUCUGCUCACCAACAUUCUUCAAAAUGUUGUUUGUCGUGUUCUACAAAGUCAUGCAGGUUUGAAAUGACAUGAUUGUGAGAUUUGAUGACAGAAUUGUCAUUUUGGGGUGAACUUUCCUAUUUAAGACUGUUUGAUCAGAGUUCAAUUAUGUGUCUGUGGCACUGAAUGGUGUGUGUAAAACAGUUUAUUA